AAAAGGCAUUACGAGGAAGUAUGGCAACAUAACUUAAACGCCAGAUGCACGGUGUCUGUCUUUUGACUGUGACGAAAAAUUCAAAAAGUAUAGCGCUGAAAUGGUUUGUCGGUUGAUAAAUCGCGUUGUUAGAUAUGAUAUGAACGAAGAAUUGCGUCGAAAAGAAAGAUUAAAUGAAUAUUAUUCGCGAUUACAAAGCCACGAUUGCAUAAGCAAUCUCUUUCGGGUAUCGCUGGCUCGUGUUGAAGAUAGUUGCUGGUAUUGGGGUACAAUAAGCAACAAAGAAGCUAGUUUUGUUCUUAGGAAUUCUGAAGAGGGGACAUUUUUGCUCCGGGAUAGCUCAGACUCACGAUAUUAUUUCUCGCUUUCCGUGAAAGUCCACGAGACUAUUUUGAACAUUAGAGUGCUGUAUUCGAAUGGAAAAUUUAUGUUUGAUUGCUUUAAAACUCGACUAAACGACAUUCCGAAAUUUGAUUGUGUUAUCAAAUUGAUAAGCUACUACGUUGCAGUUAGCCAAACGGAGGACGGACGAAGAAUUUUGACAAAGAGUGCGGAACAUGGUGAAACAGAAAUAAGGCUUCAAAAACCGAGGUUCAGUAAAGUGCCAUCGCUUGAACAUUUGUGUCGACGUGUGGUUAAUAGGUCGUGGAACAAGGAUGAACAAUGCUCCCUUGCUUUAACUAGAGGAAUCGACAAAUAUAUAAGACAAUAUCCAUACUCCAUAUGACAUGUUGAAAUCAAAGGAACGAACUUACUAUGUUCAUUUACACGCAGAUUGUUAAUUUACUCACAGAGCGUUGGAAUGGAUGUUUUUCUGAGAGUAGAAGAAUCCUAAACGGAGCAGCUGUCGAGAAGCACUUUCACUUGUUAUAUGCAUUCAAAACUUAUGACAUCAUUGUUUCUUAUUUUAUACGAAAUGUUGCAAUUAAAACUUUAACGCGGUACUUCCAGCUUUCGCCCUAUGCGGAAUAAAUAAUUACAAAAUUAGGGUUGUUUUAGAAAUAUUUUGCCUUCAUAUUAUCGCAUGGAACAAAGUUUAUUGAAAAAAUGUUCCGUUUGCAACCUUUUUCCUUAAAAAGCCAUGCACCAUCUCGUCCUUAUAGUCUAUCCUUUAUAUCGUUUAUGUACGUUGUAAUUAUCGAUGUUUGAUUUAUUUAUUAAUUCAAUGCUAAUUUAUUUGUGUAUGUAUGUAUAAAUAAAUUUAUAAAGAUACUUUAUUUUGAGGUGAACGUAUCUCGAUCUGCUUUUGAAAA